AUGGGUGAUAGAGCUAAAAAUUCGAAUCGAAAAACUUAUGAUUGCCUUAUGAAUGGAGACUAUAGCUCGGUUUUAGCAAUCAUGACAUGCAGUUUGGCGCUGAAGAGGCCCCUUGAGUUUAACGAUCAUAUAAGAGGUGAUAGCCCGAAGGAGAUUAAACGUGCUCGGACAGCAUUUGGCUAUUGCUCACCAUUUCCAACGCCUCAGGCAGAAUUGAUUGCUCGUAUGCCUUCAUCGAAGUCUAAUAAUGUUUCUUUGGCCAAUGUGCACUCACAACUGGCGACUGAAGCUUUGCCAUUUGUAAAUAAUCGCUUUACGAUUGAUGAAUUCGUUUCAUAUAUGAAGUCGGGUAUAACAAAAGAUUUGCCUAAUGAAUUUAAGAAUGUAAUUUCUAAACGGCCUGUUCAAGAAGAAGUGCCUAAAAUUGAGUCAAAUGGAGUGCCAUAUGAAUCCUUAAAACCGAAUUGUGCAAAUAAUAAUUCUUCGUUUUGCGAUGUUUCGGAAAAAAUAAGCUUGACUGAAGGGCAAUUGGAGUCCUAUUUGCGCGCCGAGGUUCGCUAUCUAAGACGUCGUCAUCUUAUUGCCCGUAGGCUGCGAAAUUAUGAUCCUUUAGAAAAUUUCGAAAAUACUUUGGGAAAAUUGGAAAAAAGUGUCGAGAUGCAAAAUAAAAUGAUAGGAAACCAUAAUCCACAAAAUGUUUACCGCUCACCAAAUUCUCCUACUGGCAGUACUAGCAGUGAUUCUGACGGCGAGAGCUUUGCACUUGCUGGAAGAAAUAUCAAAGCCAAACAACUUUCGCAAGAAAUGAAGGAAAAGCCACAGUUCAGUAUCAAAGAGGUAAGAAUGAUUUGCGAGCGUUUACUCAAGCAGCAAGAAGCAAAACUUCGUUAUGAAUAUGAAACAGUUAUUGCCGAUCGUUUACAAAUGAAACAUGAUGAAUAUGUAGAAAUGGCAGAGAAAGAAUUAGUAAGACAGCGUGAAACAAGUGCAGAGAAUCUUUCAUAUCUUUCGUAA